AUGGAUCGAGCCGCUAAACUCAGAAAGGUCUUCGAAGCAAUCCUGCGAGGGUCACUUGCUAUAUCUCCUCAGCGUAGCGCUGACUUCCUUGAUGCUAUCACGAGCCAAGAGGAUCCAGCAACCUGUGUAAGUAAGCUCAUAAGCAGCAAAGCCGGGCUCAGUGCCUUGCAGGACUGUAUGCGAUAUGAUUUGAACACCAGUUUUCUCAACAAUCGCGGUACAGAGGUUUUAGCCUACUUACAGGAUCCUCGGUUGAAGGAAAUUGCCGGGGGCUUGUUAAUUCAGCAGGUUCUCAUCAAAAUUGUCGACCCUCCAAUCUUUUGGUCCGCGUUUGUCGCAGCUUUUCGCAAUGGGCGGUUGGGAGAGAAAGGACAGAUUGCGUUUGCUGGGCUGUUCCUGCAGCUCCUGUCGUUUUCUGAAGUUGAUGAAGAUCAUCGCGAGUUGGCAGAGGAAGAUCAGCUCAUGAACUUGCUUUUUGAUUCACCCUUCCCUGCUGUUCGCGCUCUUGGUGCAAAAAUCAAAUCUGUCCUAUCGGCCUCUAUGGCAAAUGUCGUCGUCGUCAGUGGAUCGUUCAAACCCGGAGGCCGUCAUGAUAACGACUUCGCUGAUUUUUGCCAGAUAGCUGUACUCCCUACCGCCUCCGAGAUUUCGUGUCAGGAGGAACCUUUUCUCCGUAAGAGCGACUUUCUUGAGGACCUUGGGACACUGGAUCAACGCGUGCAGAUGUACCUCGACAAUCAGUUCAGGUUGUUGCGAGAGGAUAUGUUGCAUGAGAUGCGAGAAGAAGUUCAGAUCGCCUUGAAACAGAAGCGGGGUUUCCACAGAGGUCUCAUUAUCGAUGGGUUCAAGUUGCUCGAUAUGCAUACUGGUCUUGACGACAAAAGAUCUAAAUGGGCUAUCACCCUCCAAUGCGAGACCGACCUCUGGAUCUUCAAAAAAGUGAAGCCAAAAGAACGAAAGGCCUUCCUUGAUGAUAACCGUACUCGCUAUUUCAGACAUCAGGCUUUAGCAUGCCUCAUGGUAAAUAAUGAAAUUGUUGCGUUCCCUACGCUGAAUCGGGAUGAGAAUCUCUUGGCCCAAAAACCUCCCAUUCUAGUCUUGCAGCUCGAGGGCAACCCCAUUGUACAGGCAUUGACGAAACUCAAGUCAGCACAGAGCCAUCAAAUUCGUGUCAUACUUAUUGAUACCGCAGUCUUUGCUUUCGAGCCUAUCCUGAAAGCUGUCAAGGAGAUGUCGGAAAUACCUCUGGCAUCAGAGAUCUUAUUCUGGGAUGAAGACAGUGUAUUGAAGGGCCCAAGGCAUAUCGAGCCCCAACUACAGACAUUGAUUUCAACACUCAAAGCCCAUCCUAAAGACGAUCUACGAACUCAUCUUAAUACUUCUAAACCUAUUACGUUGGACGAAUCUCAGCACUCUUCGCUGCUCUCUGCGUUAACCCAGAAUUUGGCAUUGAUACAAGGACCUCCAGGAACCGGGAAGUCGUUUAUUGGUGCGCUUCUGGCGAAGAUAAUCCAUGACUUCUCCACCAAGAACAUUUUGGUGGUGUGCUACACGAAUCACGCCCUAGACCAAUUUCUCGAAGAUCUUCUUGAUAUUGGCAUUCCAGAAAGUCAUAUCGUUCGACUAGGAGGGAAAUCGACCGUUCGCACUGCUUCUCUAACCCUCAGCAGUCUUCAGAAGCAGAAGCUCAGCCCAAAAAUGACAAGAUCUGAUUGGACACAGGUUGAUGCGCUGAAGGCUCAUGCGUCGAAACUCCACGCCAAGCUCCAGACCGAAUACAGGAGAUUUACUUCUAUAAAGAUAUAUUUGGGGCAUAUCCUUGGAUACCUUGAGCUUUCUGACGACAUCGAGGAAAUGAGGUUCUAUGAUGCGCUAUUAGUUCCGGAUGUAGACAACCUCGAAGAGAUGACGCAUGUCGGAAAAGGCGGGAAGAAUGUAGGACCUACCUAUCUCAUCGAAGCCUGGGUGAAGAACCGGUCUCCUGGAAUAUUUGCGGAUCACCCCCGCAUAAGGAGUGCUCGUGACAUCUGGAAUAUGGCUUCACAAACUCGUCAAGAUUACAUCACUCGCUGGAAGAAUAACAUCGUUCGUAACGCCGCUGAGCGCAUCCACGGCCUGGUGCAGCAAUUCAACACCUGCCUCGCUCAAACGGACGCAAUAUUAAUGCAGAAAGAUGGUGAAUUAGUUGGUAGCCGACGCAUUGUUGGUUGCACCACGACCGCAGCGGCAAAGUACAAUGAAUACAUCAGGACGGCGGAGCCUAGCAUUCUUCUCGUCGAAGAGGCAGGAGAGAUCCUCGAAAGUCAUGUCGUGACUUCGCUAAACCCGAAGUCCGAGCAAAUCAUCUUGAUUGGUGAUCAUAAGCAAUUGCGCCCCAAGGUCAAUGACUAUCGCCUCACUGUUGAAAAGGGGGAAGGGUAUGACCUCAAUAUGUCACUCUUCGAACGAUUGGUAUUGAAAGGCUAUCCACAUACAACGUUACUGGAGCAGCAUCGAAUGAGGCCCGAGAUAUCCACUUUGAUUCGGGAGCUUACCUAUCCUGAUCUGGUUGAUGCCCCAAACACCCAGAACCGACUAACGUUACGUGGCUUGCAAGACGUUAUAGUUUUUGUGAAUCAUACUCAUCUAGAAGAUGAACUUGAUGUCCAAGACCGUCAAGAUCUUACAGCGACUUCAUCGAAGGAGAACAUAUAUGAGAUUGAGAUGGUGCUUAAGAUUGUACGAUAUCUAGCACAACAAGGCUAUCGGACUGACGAAAUGACGGUGUUGACUCCAUAUCUUGGCCAGUUGCAGAAGUUACGAAAGGCUCUUGCUGCUGACAAUGACCCAGUUCUCAAUGAUCUCGAUACUCAUGAUUUAGUCAGAGCAGGUCUAGUUCCCGCCGCUACAGCUGACGUCGCCAAACGCAAAAUUCGGUUAGCUACGAUAGAUAAUUACCAGGGCGAAGAAAGCGAUAUCAUUAUCACUUCCUUAACCAGGAGUAACACGAACCAUGAUAUAGGGUUUAUGAGUGCGCCCGAGCGUCUUAACGUAUUACUUUCACGUGCUCGUAAUGGUCUUAUCAUGAUCGGGAACGCCGAUACGUUCACUAAUGCUCGGAGAGGCAGUGAACUGUGGACGAAGUUCUUCGGACUCUUGAAACGUGAUCGCCACAUUUACGAAGGAUUCCCCAUCAAAUGCGAACGGCAUCCUGAUAGGAUGUCUUUGCUACGAGAAGCCAUCGAUUUUGAUAUGAAAACUCCGGAUGGCGGGUGUCUUGAAGACUGCGGUACUAUGCUCAAAUGUGGCCUCCAUUGCUGUCCGUCUAAGUGCCAUCAGCUGGCUGACCAUUCCAAGAUGGCAUGUGAAGCAAUAGUUCAAUUCAAAUGUCCAAAGAACCAUAACCAACGCUACAAAUGCUCGGAGGGACCUCUACUUUCUUGUAAAAAAUGCGAUCAGGAGGCCGAUGAAGUAAAGAGGAAGCAACAACGCGCCCUUCAAUCACAGCGAAAACAAGAAGCACAGAAGGUGGAAUACGAACAGAAGUUGAGAGAGCUAAAUGAGCAAAUUGACUCUGAGAUGGAAGCUGGACGGGCUGUAGAAGAACAGAAAAAAAGGCAAGAGGUGUUACAGCAAAAGAAGCGGGAUCUCCAGGAAAUCAGCGCGCGAAAUGCCAACAGAUUGGUUAAUUCCUCUCCAAUCUCCAAUUCCAUGCCGCUGCUACGACCUCUUUCGGACCUCUCUCAGACUAGAAACACGGAGCCUUUCAUUUCUGCUGCUUCACCAUUGCCUGUUUCGGUCUCAACUUUGGCCCCUUCCGAUAUGCCUACUCCCCUGAAAUCCCCCCUUCCUACUCCUCUAGAUCCUGCUGCAGCGGGAUUAUCACAAGCAGAAAAAGAAUGGCAGCGCCAGAAGGAUCUCGAAGGUGCUUCGAACGAGGCUAUUGAUAAGCUCAUGAACUUGACAGGCCUUGAAGAGGUGAAAAACCAGGUGCUGACUAUCAAAGCUAAGAUCGACCUUGUAACGCGACAGAAUACCUCGAUAUCUGAUGAACGAUUCAAUAUAUGUAUGUUAGGAAAUCCUGGGACCGGCAAAACGACCGUAGCUAGGAUUUACGCUCAAUUUUUGUCUUCGGUCGGCAUUCUUCCAGGAAACGAGUUUAUCGAAACCACUGGUUCCAGGAUAGCUAACGAUGGUGUACCUGGUAUUAAAGCACAUAUCGAAGCUGUCCUCAAUGCCGGAGGAGGGGCCAUCUUCAUUGACGAAGCUUACCAGUUAGUCAGUGAAAGUAGUAUCCAAGGCUCACAGGUGCUUGACUUCAUACUCGCCGAGAUGGAGAACAAUAUCGGGAAGCUGGUUUUCAUCCUGGCCGGGUACAAUAAACAGAUGGAGAAGUUCUUUGAGCACAACCCAGGCUUAUCGAGCCGGGUCCCCUAUAAUCUGAACUUCAAGGAUUAUACAGAUGGGGAACUGUUGAAGAUGCUGAGGAGGUUGAUAGAAAAGAAGUACCAGGGGAAAAUGGAAGUUGAAGGCGGUCUUGAAGGACUAUAUGCUCGGAUCGUUGCUCAACGUCUGGGUCGAGGGCGCAACAGAGCCGGCUUCGGUAAUGCUAGAGCUUUAGAGAAUGUCUUCAACAAGGUCUUAGAACGACAAGCUAGGCGAAUAAACGAGCAGCGAAAGAACGGAGCUCGUCCGAAUGAUUUUCUUUUGGUGAGGGAAGACCUCAUCGGCCCAGAGCCUUCUGGUGCUCUCGAGCGAAGCACUGCUUGGACAAAACUUCAGAAACUCAUUGGUCUAUCUUCAGUCAAAGAAACCGCUCACAAUCUCAUCGACAUGUUGCGCACCAACUAUCUGCGCGAACUGAAAGAGAGCAAGCCAAUUGAAGUGUCUCUCAAUAGAGUUUUCACUGGCUCACCUGGUACAGGUAAAACCACCGUCGCGAAGCUUUAUGGUCAAGUUUUAGCAGAUCUUGGUCUUCUUAGCAAUGGCGAAGUUGUUAUAAAAAAUCCUGCAGACUUCCUAGGGGCUCAUCUUGGACAGUCUGAAGCAAACACGAAAGCGAUCCUCGUCAGCACUGUGGGGAAAGUCCUAGUGAUAGACGAGGCUUAUGGCCUGUACGGCGGGUCCUCCCAGAAUGGAUCCGAUAUCUACAAGACCGCAGUCAUUGACACAAUUGUUGCUGAAGUUCAGAGCGUACCAGGCGAAGAUCGAUGUGUUCUUCUUCUCGGGUAUCAAAAGCAAAUGGAAGAAAUGUUCCAGAAUGUCAACCCUGGUCUCUCUCGUCGGUUUGCGAUAGAUGAUCCUUUCAAGUUUGAUGACUUCACCGAGGACGAACUCAUGGAAGUUUUAGAUAUGAAAUUGCGAGAGUCAGAUCUUGAGGCUUCUGAUGACGCUAAAACUGUUGCCAGAGAGUGCUUGGGACGCGCUCGUAAUCGCCCCAACUUCGGCAACGGUGGAGACGUUGAAAACCUGAUCAAUAAGGCUAAAAUGCGGUACCAAUCUCGUCAAGCCUCUCUACCCUUGCACCAACGCUCCGUUGAUAUCAUUCUGCAACCCACCGACUUUGACCCAGAGCAUGACCGCCAAAAUCAUGCUUCAGCAAAUAUGGCAAAGCUUUUUGAAGAUCUAGUGGGCUGCGAUGACAUCGUGCAAAAAUUGGGUAAAUAUCAAGAGACUGCAGCCAACUACAAGCGUUUUGGGAAGGAUGCCCGGACAAAUAUACCCACUUGUUUUGUUUUCAAGGGCCCUCCAGGAACAGGGAAGACUACCGUCGCUCGAAAGAUGGGUCAGGUCUUCUAUGAUAUGGGUUUUCUGUCCUCGAAGGAGGUGAUUGAAUGUUCGGCUUCCGAUUUAGUGGGACAAUAUGUUGGUCACACAGGCCCGAAAGUGCAGAAGAAAUUCCAACAGGCCCUUGGCCGCGUUCUCUUCAUUGAUGAAGCCUAUCGACUUGGGGAAGGUCAUUUUGCACAUGAGGCUGUCGACGAAGUAGUUGGUCUUCUCACGAAAGAGGAAUUCAUGUCAAAGCUCGUGGUCAUUUUAGCGGGCUACGAUGACGAUAUGAACAGACUGAUGGCGGUCAAUACCGGUUUGUCUAGUCGAUUUCCGGAGACCAUUGUGUUCAAGAAUAUGGGGCAUACACAUUGCCUGGAAGUAUUGAACAAGGCUUUGCGUGCCGAGGAUGUUGUGAUCGAGGAGUCAUCUCGUAUUUAUCUGGAGAUGGCGAGUAUCUUGGAUCAAAUUUCUGCCCUUCCAGGCUGGGGAAAUGUCCGUGACGUUAUGACAUUAGCAAAGCAGAUGAUUCGUGAAGCAUAUUCUGACCAUGGCACCAGCCUUCCACUCAGACUUCCAAACGAUCGAGCUAUUGCCGUCAUGAAAGAUAUGCUCGCAGAACGUCAGAAGCGGUCUGCGAGCCGAUUAUCUCCCACCAAGACGUCUGCCGCUCAAAACGAUUCUCCUUCUCUGUCUCCUCUUCCAUUUACUCCCUCUAUCUCAACUUCGACAGCACCUCCCAGCGCGAAACCAGAAAUAGUUCCCGGCCACAAAAUUAUACAAGAUCCUGUAACGAAUACCAAGCGGGACCUCGGAGUUUCCGACUCGAUAUGGCACCAACUCCAAAUUGACCAGAGAGUUGCGGGUGAGAGAGCGAAGCAAAUCAUCCUACUAGAGCAUAAGGCAAAGGAAGCGAAAGAGCAGGAAGCGAAAGAAGCAGCCCAAGCAGCGCUGUUGAUAAAGCAGGCCAAAACAAACGCUCAUGAUGCAGCGAAAUUGAUGGAAUUCAAACGCCAGCAGGAGGAGAUGCGCCUUCGAGCACUUAAAGUCCAAACCGAGCGCCGGAAACUCGAGGAUGAAUUGGAAGCUCGAAAGGAAGAGGAGAAGAAAGAGGCUCGGGCACAACAGAAACUCCGCACUUUGGGUCUUUGUGUUGCCGGAUUUCGGUGGAUCAAGCAAGAUGGUGGGUAUCGCUGCGCAGGAGGAGCCCACUUUGUAGACAAUGCCGCCUUGGGAGACUGA